AUGCUGAUGAAGCCCAUCGACUAUGAGACCGUGAUAUCCGAAUGCAAUCUCGCGCUUCAGGUCCAGCCGCUCUUCGUUCGGGCCCUACUCAGGCGGGCCCGGGCUUACGAGGCGAUUGGGAAGUAUGAACUGGCUAUGCAGGACGUGCAGUCUUUGCUGAUUGCCGAACCUAACCACAGUGAUGCUCUUGAGAUUGCCGGUCGGCUGAGGAUGGCUGUGGGGCCCGUCCAGCAGGACCUCCCGAGCCGCCCUUCCCCUGCAGCCCUUGGGGCUUCUGCUGUCCGAGGGGCGCCGAUUGCUGGGCUCGGGCCUUGCCUUCCAGCCCGGCCCGUCCCAAAGAAGCAAGCGAAUGUGCCGCCUAGUAAGUCCGAGAAGCUGUAUCCAAUCCCACCUGUUGAAAACGGGCCCGAGAAGAAAACCCAGCUGUCGAAAGUCGUUCUCAAGCCUUUAAAUGGGCCUACUUCGGCAAACGCCACAAAGGAUGACACAAAGGAACGUUCGACUUCCAAAGAGCAACCCAAACAGGCUACGAUACGGUACAGACAGCUGAAGCUCGUAUACGAUCAUGACAUUAGGCUUGCUCAGAUGCCCGUCAACUGCAGCUUCAAGAUCCUGCGAGAUGUUGUCGCGAAACGAUUCCCUAUGUCAAAAUCUGUGCUGAUCAAGUACAAGGACUGUNNUGACCUGAUCACAAUAACGUGCUCGACCGAGCUCAGGCUGGCCGAGUCUUCAGCCGACAGCAGCUUUGCCUCGAAAGACCCCGACAUUGAAAAAUCGGACUCUGUUCGCUUGCUGAGGCUGCACGUAGUAGAGGUGGGUCCCGAGCAAGAACCGCCCUUAUUAGAAGAUGAUGAUGAUGAAAAAGAAGAGGAAAAGGAAGAAAAACCCGCGGAGCCCGAGCCCGAGCCCGAGCCCGAGAAGGAAACGGUGGAGAAAGAGGAGCAUGAGUGUAAGGAGGUUGAAAUGGACGACUGGCUUUUCGAGUUCGCGCAGCUCUUCCGGGCCCACAUUGGGGUUGACCCGGAUGCCCAUAUUGACCUCCAUGAGGCUGGCAUGGAGCAGUGCUCGGAGGCCCUUGAGGAGACAGUCACGAGCGAGGAAGCCCAGGCCCUUUUCGACAAGGCGGCCUCGAAAUUCCAAGAAGUUGCCGCUCUGGCCUUUUUCAACUGGGGGAACGUGCACAUGUGUGCGGCCCGCAAGCGAAUGCCGAUCGAUGAAUCGGCCCAGAAAGAAGUUAUGGAUGGGCAACUACAGGUCGCAUAUGACUGGGUGAAGGAAAAGUACACCUUAGCUAGGGAAAAGUACGAGGAGGCUUUGGCGAUAAAGCCCGAUUUUUACGAGGGCCUGCUUGCCCUCGGCCAGCAACAGUUCGAGAUGGCGAAGCUCCACUGGUCUUUUGUUCAGGCGAAAAAAUUGGAUCUUUCGGUGUGGGACCCAGCCGAGACAAUCGGGCUUUUCGACAGUGCUGAGGAGAAAAUGAAGGCGGCCACCGAGAUGUGGGAGAGGGCCGAGGAGCAGAGGGAGAAAAACGAGCCGAAAAAGGAGGAGAUUUCAAAGAGGAGGAAGAAGCAAGGGGAAGGGACGGGGACGGGCCCCACGGAGGUCUCACCGGAGGAGGCGGCUGAGCAGGUGGCGGUGAUGAGGACUCAGAUUCACCUUUUCUGGGGGAACAUGCUGUUCGAGAGGUCCCAGAUUGAAUGCAAGAUGGGUUUGAGCGGUUGGAAGAAGAAUCUUGACGAUGCUGUCGAGAGGUUUAAGCUGGCAGGGGCCUCGGAGGAGGAUAUCUCGACGGUUUUAAAGAAUCACUGUUCGAAUGAAGGUGGUGGGGAAGAAGGGGUUGUUGAGGGUAAGGUCGAAGGUUCGGUUGGCGUUGUGAUCGAGAAAUGUGAUGAUUAA